UUACAUAUAUGUAUAAUUUUCUUUAUUAUUUUCUUUAUUGUUUUUAUUAAUUUGUUUGAAAAUAUCAGAUUCAAAGUCUACUUCACAAUGUUUAGCAUUUAUAAGAUCAAAAUCAGCAAAAGAACAAUGUUUGAUUCCUUGGCAUUCUCUUACAUAUUUUGUAACAGAAAUGUUACCAAAAAAAGGACACUUCUGAAUAGGAGAGCCACUACCGCUACCAAUAGAAUACUGUAUGUCAUUAAAUGCAUCCAU